CCCGAACCGGCCCCGGAGCGGCCCCGAACCGGCCCCGGAGCGGCCCCGAGCCCGGGCUGCCCCCGUGCCGCCCCCGCACACUCCGGCACCGGGGCGGACCGGGCGCUCCCGGCAGGUUCCGACCCGCCCUGUGCCCGGGAUGGUGCCAGCAUGAGGAGGUGCUGCCAGGGCGUGGGGCUGCCACGCCUGUUUAAGGGCGUGGGCAUGGCCGGCCCGCGGCCGCCGUGUUUCCUGCUGGUGUUUGACUUUGACGAGACCAUCGUGGACGAGAACAGCGACGACUCGGUGGUGCGGGGCCGGGCGCUGCCGGAGCCGCUGCGCCAGAGCCCGCACGGCGGCAGCUACAACGAGCACAUGCAGCGCGUGCUGGCCUUCCUGGGCGAGCAGGGCGUGCGCCCCGCCGAGUUCCGCGCCGCCUACGAGAGCAUCCCGCUGGCCCCGGGCAUGGCCGAGCUCUUCCAGCUGCUCUCCAAGCACCAGGAGCUCUUCGAGCUGGUGCUCAUCUCCGACGCCAACACCUUCGGCAUCGAGGCCAAGCUGCGCGCGGCCGGCGCCCGCUCGCUCUUCCGCAAGGUCUUCAGCAACCCGGCCAGCCUGGACCGGCGCGGCGUGCUCACGCUGGGGCCCUACCACAGCCACAAGUGCCUGCGCUGCCCGGCCAACAUGUGCAAGGCCAAGAUCCUGGGCGAGUACCUGGCCGAGCGGGCGCGCGAGGACGUCGAGUUCCAGCGCGUGCUCUACGUGGGCGACGGCGCCAACGACUUCUGCCCCGCCGGGAUGCUGAGGGCGGCGGACGUGGCGUUCCCCAGGAAGGGCUACCCCAUGCACAGGCUGAUCCAGGAGAGCCAGGAGAAGCAGCCCGGCGCCUUCCAGGCCGCCGUGGUGCCCUGGGAGUCGGCGGUGGAGGUGGCGCGGUACCUGCAGGAGCUGCUGCGCAAAAAGUGCUGAGCGAGGGAGGUGGCUCCGGGACCGGCCCCGGCUCCGCUCCCGGGACGUUGUCCCGCCUUUCCCGGCUCCGCUCCCGGGAUGUUGUCCCGCCUUUCCCGGCUCCGCUCCCGGGAUGUUCUCCCGCCUUUCCCGGCUCCGUUCCCGGGAUGUUCCUCUGCCUUUCCCGGCCCCGUUCCCGGGAUGUUCUCCCGCCUUUCCCGGCUCCAUUCCCGGGAUGUUCUCCCGCCUUUCCCGGCUCCGUUCCCGGCCCAUGAAGCACUUUCUGCAGGCCCCUGGCCCGGCCUGGCCUCGCAGCCGUGGCCCCUGCGCCCCUUGCCGACCUGACGGGGAUUUCUGGUGGAGUUUUGCUUCCUUCCCCUUUUGACCUCGAAAGAGAAUUCCUAAAAAUGCAGCAGCCGGCUCCCCGCGGGCUGGGCACGUCCUUGCUCCUGCCAUCCUCCCGCUGGCCUGCCUGGCCCUGGGCUCCUGAUCCCGCUGGGAAUGGGAAAUCCCUGCUCCUUCCCUGCUCCUGAUCCCGCUGGGAAUUCUGGCUGGGAACUCCCUGCUCGCUGGGCUCCUGAUCCCAUUGGGAAUUCUGGCUGGGAACUCCCUGCUCGCUGGGCUCCUGAUCCCGUUGGGAAUGGGAAAUCCCUGCUUGCUGGGCUCCUGAUCCCACUGGGAAUUCCAGCUGGGAAAUCCCUGCUCGCUGGGCUCCUGAUCCCGCUGGGAAUGGGAAAUCCCUGCUCGCUGGGCUCCUGAUCCCAUUGGGAAUGGGAAAUCCCGGCUCGCUGGGCUCCUGAUCCCACUGGGAAUUCCAGCUGGGAAAUCCCUGCUGGCUGGGCUCCCGAUCCCGCUGGGAAUGGGAAAUCCCUGCUCGCUGGGCUCCUGAUCCCAUUGGGAAUGGGAAAUCCCGGCUCGCUGGGCUCCUGAUCCCACUGGGAAUGGGAAAUCCCAGCUCCUUCCCUGCUCCUGAUCCCGCUGGGAAUUCCAUCCGGGAAAUCCCUGCUCGCUGGGCUCCUGAUCCCAUUGGGAAUUCCAUCUGGGAAAUCCCUGCUCCCUGGGCCCCUUCCCUGUUCCUGAUCCCGCUGGGAAUUCCAUCUGGGAAAUCCUGGAUCCUGCGGGGUCCCUCCUGCCCCAAGAAGGGUCAAUCCCCCUGACCUGGGCACCUCCGAGGUGCCCCAAUCCCCCCGGGGGACACUUCUGGCACCGGGUCCCCAGAGGCCAAACCCCCCCUCCCCGUCCUCCUCCCCGCCGCAGUGUUAAUUAAUUAAUUACCCCUUCUAAUUGCACUCUGCAGGGCCACCUCCAGGGGUUGGCCCCUCCUGGAUUUAUCCCGGGUUUAUCCCGGGUUUAUCCACAGCCUUACCGGCCCCCGAGGGCGGCCCUGGCUCCCCCAAAGCCCCGGAACCCCAAACCCGGCAGGAAUUGACCAAAGCAGCCCCGAGUGGUUCCUCCCCCCUCGGACUGUGUGGAACUCAAAGCCAUGGAAUUAAAGACACAAAUCUGUGUGA